UCAUGGCGGCGGCGGCGGCGGCGGCGGCGGCCGCUGCCGGGGCCCAAAUGGCGGGCGCCCCGACGGCCGCCGCCUCCAAGCUGCUGUCUCUCAGCGGCGUCUUCGCCGUCUACAAGCCCAAGGGCCUCACGUCCGCCGAGCUGCUGAACCAGCUGAAGGAGAAGCUGCUGGCAGAAGCUGGAAUGUCUUUCCAGCAUGGAAAGAAAAGGAAGAAGCAGGCUCUGAAAAUUGGACACGGAGGGACUCUGGACAGUGCAGCCACAGGAGUUUUGGUGAUUGGAAUUGGAAAGGGAACAAAAAUGUUGAGGGAAAUGUUGUCAGGUUCCAAGAAGUACGUUACCACUGGACAACUGGGGAAAGCCACCGAUACACUGGAUGCUACUGGGAAAAUAACUGAAGAAAAGCCUUAUGAUCAGAUAACCCAGAGAGACAUGGAAUGCAUUCUGGAAAAGUUUACAGGGGACAUCAUGCAAGUUCCUCCACUCUAUUCAGCUUUGAAGAAAGAUGGCCAAAGGCUCUCAACUUUGAUGAAGAAAGGUAAAACAGUAGAGGCCAAACCGGCGAGGCAAGUCACAGUGUACAGUCUCUCUCUUCAAAAGUUCCAGCCCCCGUUAUUCACACUAGAUGUUGAGUGUGGAGGAGGUUUUUAUAUCAGAAGCUUGGUCAGUGACAUUGGCAAAGCCCUCGUUUGGAUCACUGGCCCACGGUGCUUCAUUGGGGAUCGCCGUCACUAGCGACUGCAAAUACGAAGGACAACUGGGUGUGGGAGUGUGACCACAACGUACUGUUCCUAGAAGAUGAAUCUCUGCUGUUUUUAAUGGCCUGCCAAGAUGAUUCCACCCCUCGGUUGGGCACAAGCCUUCCAACAGGAAAUUAUUCUUUAAAUCUCGUAGAAAACCUUUAGGCUGGUUUGGGGCCAGCGGGCAGGAGGUCUGGAACCCACCGUCUUGUGGCCGAAGGCUCUCGGGCCGAACGGGCAGGAUCCUUGUCAUUCGAACGCUCUGCCUCUCGAGUCCCCUCUAGGCCCAGGACACCCCGGCUUCCAAAUCUCUGCUAACGGUGGCCUCCCGUGAACCUCAGUUGCACUUGCUGAAAGAGGUUUACAAUAAACAGAGCAGCAGAUUAACACGACCAGCUACGUUUUGCCUCCUGGCGCUUGAAGAGCAGGAAGACUUUCAAAUGGGCUUUGAUUCAGAGACAGAGGAAGCGGUCAGGUGGAUGGCAAGCAAUGGUUAAUGAAAAUUGUCAACUCAGCCGGUUGGGGAGGGUUCACCUGCUAUAACCCUUUUAUUAAUGAGCUUGGAAUGGAGUAAACAGGAAGUUAAUGAAUGAUGCACAUGCAAGAGGGUAUUGCAAACCCUGCUUAAAGACAGAACGACAGAACUAUGUAAAAAUUGCAGGGGGUGUAGAAAAGGCAACACGGAGCAAUACAUGAACCGAAGCUAACAUCUGGAGAAAGAUAAUCAGAUGCCCAGAUGUUUGAGGGGAGGCAAGGCCAAAAGGAAGCCAAGAGCCAGAGCAGCAUUGUACUCCGGCACACAACGAGGUUAAUAUCUUAGGGUUCUGAUUUCAGAUGAAGAAACAUUGUCCCUCUAUUUAACCUGAGUGAAUUUUCACUUGGAAAACUGCAUUCAGUUUUGGACAUUUCAUUACCUGGCUUAGAGAGGCAAGCUGGAGAAAGUUGGAAGAGCAGCCACAAGAAUGAUUAAGGGGCUAUAAGGAUUGAUUUAUGAGUAAAGAUUAAAAGAAUUAAAUAUGUGCAGCUUAGCUAAGCGAAGACUAAGAAGAGACCAACUAAAUGUCUACAAAUAGCAGAAGGGUAUAAACAUAAAAGAGGUAAAUUAAUUAUUUAGAAAGGAACAAGGAAGUGUGCACACAGUAAUAGAAUAAAAAUGUAAGCUUUGUAUAAGGGAAAAAUUCCUGAUAGUGAGAUCUAUUAGCUGAUAUUCUGCUGUUCCAGGAUAGCAAUCCCUGGCUUGUUGCUUUUAGCCGGCCCCGAUGUGUCUGCAACAGUUCAAUAAUUGUGGUAUUUAAGUGCUUACUAUGUGCCAAACUAUAUGCCAACCACCAUACUAAAGGAUAAGAUAGAUAUAAUUGGGUUGGACCCAAUCCCUUUGAGACAUAGAUCUCACAGUUUAAGUAGGA